AUGGGCUCUCUUCGCUGGGCUCUGGGCAGCUCUGGACAGCCCUGGAGCGCUGCUGGGUCUCUGUGGGGCUGGGCAGCGUCGAGGCUACACCUGGACCGGACGACAAGGUUAUUUCAGGAGGAUGAGGAAAUGCUGAUUCUGACCCACAGCGAUGAGUUGAACAGAACCUAUGGCGAGGACAACAGGUCGUCCUUUAACAACGUCAGCAACGAAAAUAUUUCAAACUGUGAUGACACCAGAGGAAAGUCGUUUAGAAGAAAUAGCACGUCUCUGAUUGAGCAAGAUAAUCCCAGUAUCCCGGGAUCCACCAGCACAUUACUGCAGAGUCCAGCUUUCAAAGAAACCAGAGCUACAGUAAUCUCCACUGGACCCAGAACCAUCACAAUAACUUCAGCUGUUUCCACUGUAGACUCCCUUCGGUUCAAAAACACCAAAAGUUAUGGUAAAAGAAAAAGACCUUUUCAGACUCAAGCUGAAAAGAUGGGAAGCAACAGUGAGAAAAACCUGAGUUUCAACCAGAAACAGGGUAACAAGAGAGGAUCCUACAGGCUGAUUACUGGGAAUAUGCAAAAGCAGAGACUCUCUGAGGACGGAGAAGAGGAAACUGUAAAUGUGACUUCCCAAUUCUGUACCAGCCCUGAAGAAGAGAGAGCAAGGAUGAGUUUGGCUAAUCCAGGUCAGAGCCUUGAUACUGGCCCCAGAGGUUUGAAUCGUACUCCCACCAUCACCGCCUGGGAGGCUGGCUGGAAUGUCACAAAUGCCAUACAGGGUAUCUUUGUGUUGGGUUUACCCUUUGCUCUGGUGCAGUCAGGUUAUGUUGGUCUUGUUCUGCUGGUUCUGUCAGCUUGGGUCUGCAACCAUACAGGGAGGAUCCUGGUGGCCUGUCUGUAUGAAGAGGAGCAAAGUGGCGGCUCAGUGUCAAAGGUCAGAGUCCGACACAGCUAUCAGGACAUAGUGGAGGCCUGCGGCAAAGGACUGUGGCCCAACUGGCCUAGAAUUGGAGGGUGGAUGGUUAAUGUAGCUCAGGUCAUUGAGCUGUUGAUGACUUGCACCCUGUAUCUCGUUGUCUCCACCAGCCUGUUGUCUGACAGUCUGUCUGGGAUGGCUGUCCCCAGAUCAGUGUGUUCUCUGGUGUCUCUGAUGUUCCUGCUGCCCUGCCUGCUGCUCACUGAUCUCAGACCAGUCUCCACCCUCAGCCUGCUGUGCUCCCUGGCUCACAUCCUGAUCAGCCUGUUGGUCAUGCUGUACUGCCUGAGUCGAGCCAGCAGCUGGUCCUGGUCCACUCUGUCGCUGUCUGUGGACCCGGAGGACUUCCUCGUCUCUGUGGGCGUCAUCAUCUUCUCCUACACCUCGCAGAUCUUCCUCCCUCCUUUGGAGGACAGUAUGGAGGACAGAGGGAAGUUUAAUGCCAUGCUGGGGUGGACUCAUGGUGCUGCCUGCAUCAUGAAAACUCUGUUUUCUUUACUGGCAGCGUUGACUUGGGGCACAGAGACCAGUGAGGUCAUCACAGACAACCUGCCCUCUGACCUUCGACCUCUCGUCAACCUGUGUCUGCUGGCAAAAGCCCUGCUGUCCUACCCUCUGCCAUUCUACUCUGCUGCCGAAAUACUGCAAACCUGUCUGCUUGGAGCUGGUAUCUCAUCGUACUCCAAACAUGGAAGUCGAGGUGUGUCUUGUCCGGCCCUGUUGGUCCGCGCCACCUUGCUGAUGACAUCAUACCUACUGGCUCUAUUAGUCCCUAGGUUCUCCCUGUUGAUGGGUUUGACAGGCAGUGUGACCGGAGCGGCCAUGACACUCAUACUGCCGUGCCUGUUUCACCUCAGACUGCAGUGGAGCCGCCUCACUGUGAGGGACUGGCUGAUAGAUGUGUGUAUACUGAGUCUGGGGGUCAUCUGUAGUGUGUCUGGUGUGAUCUGUUCAGUGAAAAGACUGGUGGGAGGACUGUAA